GUUCAUGCUAAUAAGAAAAAUUACUGCAAAGAAAUAAUGGAUAGUGAAAAUGAAAGUCCUAACUUAGGAAGAAUGAUCUGAGUCUGUCUCAUCACUAGCUUUAGAGAUAAACAUCUGUUGGUGGCCCAGAUGCUUUAUCUGGACCUUCCAUCUUGACACUGUAACUUCGGAAGUUCUCAGUCUAAAGCUUGAGCUCUCCACCAGUUCAUUAUUCAUCCCAUGACUUCCCUUGACUGUUCUUAGUGAAGACUUGCUUCUAGAAAACGAUUCUUAUUACCUGCUCUGAUGUAGAUCACCAACAAAUGACCAGGUUGCCUUGAGUCUUCCACCAGCAGAAAAUCAUAAGAGGAAAAGAACAAGACUUAUGGCCUCCUAAGCAUUUUGUGGUGAAAGAUGGAGCUGACCAAUGUGACCACCCUGUCAAACGCUUCGAACACAGACCUGAGUCGCUGUGACAGGCACUGCAGAAUGAUUCUCAUAUCACUGUACAGUGUGGUUUUGCUGGGAGGUGCUGCAGGGGCCAUUGCGAUGUCUUAUAUGAUGCUCAAAAGGAACAGCCAAUCAAUCGUCGCCACGAUUGUUCUCAAUAUCAUCGUGCUACACUCCAUCCUCCUGUUCAGCCUUCCCUUCCGCCUCAGCUAUUAUGUCUUAGUUGUCUGGGAGUUUGGAUCCUUCACCUGCCGAUUGGUUAGCAGCAUAAUAUAUGGUCAUAUGUAUUUCACCUUUGUUUUCUAUGUGGCCAUCAUCAUAAGUCGAUUGCUCAUGUAUUUUAAGAAACUCCAAACUCAGUUCCAAAAGUACCAUGUGGUGGUUUUAAGCAUUAUUAUUUGGCUGGUGGGCAGUGUAAUUUUUUUGCCAAUAUUUUUUUUACAAUACGGCACCAAUCCAAGUUACUCAGAACAACAGUGUUUUGAGUUCUACAAAGACCUCAAACGCAAGGAGUUUAUUAUCUUGAACUACUCUAUGAUUGUCAUUAUGAUGACAACAGUUGUGACCCUCUUUCUGAUACAGAUGUGGGUCAUUGUUCAACUGGUAAAGGCUCUUUGGCCAGACAUGUGGACCCAUCAAGAGUACAGAGCUCAAAUCAAGAGCUUCUUCUUCCUCCUCAUAAUAGUGGUUUGUUUUAUACCCCAUCAUGCCUUCCGGAUACACUUCAUUCAACAUUACUCAGAGACAGAAGAUUCUGAGUUAGUUCGUUAUAAUGAAAUUUUUGUUGCUUUAACUACAGCCUGUUGCCUGGAUAUGCUGUGUUUCGUAGGUGGUGUUCUUCAUUAAAUACACCUGUGUUACUUGCUUUGUUGAUCAGUUUCUCACUAUUGUAAUAAAAUAGUUUCAAUUGAGUAGCUGCUUUCACAACUUUGAAAUUUUUCAAAUUCUUGUUCUUAAUCAUCACCAAAAUGAUUUUUUCACAAAAAGGUAAUGAGGAUUGAUUUUUUUCCCUCUUCUCAGCAAACUGUUACUAGUUCUUCACUAACUGAAUAUGUUCAAUUGCCUUAACUCUACACAAGUUGAUCCCAACCAUCCAGACUCAACCCCUAUCUCUUUUUUUCUUGUAAUAUUUACUUCCACUAUGCACAGCUAUUGGCUUUCUCAAUGUACUCUCUUCUUUGCAUUUAUUCUCACUGAGCUUUGAUCCUAGAAUGUUCUUCAAGGUCCAGAGAACCCAAAGAUAAAGACUGUACAGAAGCCUUAACUUAUUCAACUUAUGGUCAACUUGUCGAUGACUCUAUCUUGAAAAUUACUGAUAUUUUACCAUAUUUGGAGGAAAGAAUUAGCUCAGAAUGUCAAGAGACCUAGAGGAAAUUCUUUCGGAAUUGAUGGGGCAUUGUUGUGGUUUGAUUCUGAUUAAGAUAUAUCAGACAGUCAGGAAGCUGAGAUUACCUCCCAGAGCCUCCUUUCCAGACAUGCAGCCAUAAAGCAGGAAAAGAAAUAGAAAAAGGUGGAAAACAACUGGACUUAGUCUAGGCAUACUGGCAGACUGUAUUAGAGCCAUGCCUCCGAGACUGUGGGACUAUUCUGAAGCUUCUUUAAGACACCAUAUAUAACCAGGAAGUGUUAAACAAAAUCAGUCAGUGUCAGUUAAACUCAAUAAAACAACCAAGACAACCAACUCAGAUUCUACUUAUCAAACACAGACAUCGAGAGGUCCUUAUGCUUUGCUUUGCUUAUAAUUAUACUCCAUAAAGAGGACUUACCACUUCUUCCCUCUCUAGUAAGUUGGCCAGAGGAUUUAGUCUUGGCCAAGACAACUUCAUGCCAGGGCACUGAAGAAUCUGGCAGGAAGUUCUGACUUGGCUCCAUUACCCUCUUAUCAAAUAUCCUUCCCAUUCAUUCUGGAUUUUGGAGAGAAAUGAAAAAAGUUCACCAAGAAUUAUAAACGUACCUGCAUCUUGAAAUUGACUUCUGAGUUUUCAUUUCCUUGUGAUUUUCUACUGGGUCUAUCAGACAGAAAGUCAAGUAGAUUACUGGAAAAGGAGGGAAAAUUGUACCCCCGUGCCAGAGAGAAAUUGUGCAGUACCUAAAGUUUACCAUACUGUAAGGUCAAUAUCAUAAACCUGUUAUAUGGGAACAAUCUUUUUUUUAAAAUGCAUUUACUUUUGAACAGUAGUCUUCAGAGUGGAGUGGGUACAAUAAUAAUUUAGUGGAAUGUAAAAAGAGUAGUAGAAAUUUAUUUCUAUUUAUUUUAUAUUAAAAUAUAGUUUAUUGUACUGAUAUUCAUAAAGGAACUUAUUGGCAAUGUAUGGGUAUAAACUAUGUAUAAAUAUUAUUUAAUGAGGAUAUAUACAUUUUUUUUUACUGAUAAAGAUGUAAGAUCAAAAUAAUCUGAAAUCCACUGUUCCUGAAGACUAUUCAAGUAAUGAUAAUAUUCCCUGUCAAAAUGUUUUUCUCUUAGGGAUAAGACCAUUCUUUCUUUAGUGAAAGUAUCCUGAUGAAAUGUAAUGAAAUGUAACUAUCAACAUAAUAUAGAAAAGCAUAUGAUAUUACCAUUGGAUACCUAACAAAUGUAUUUGUACAGACCAUCUAUUAUUGCCCUUGUCAAAUUGCCUUAUAAGUAUGCUGCGGCUGCUGCUAAGUCGCUUCAGUCGUGUCCGACUCUGU